CUGCUGCUCCUCCUCCUCCUCCUCCUGCUGCUGCUGGAUCCACCAUUCACAGGUCAGGCUCGUUCCUGUGGAGACGGACCCCCCACAGGGACCUCGGACCGCUCAGACCUGUGAGUCAUGGACUGGAUGUCGGGUCUCCCGGAGGAGCUGUGGGACGUCCCCCUGACCCACCUGGCUAUUCCAGGGAGUCAUGACGCGAUGAGCUUCUGUCUGGACAUCUCUUCUCCUCUCGUUCCCUCGGAGUCGGAGGUCUUCAGGCUGCUGGACGGCCUCUUCUCCUGCGUCACGCGGCCGGCCAUCUUCAGGUGGGCCACCACGCAGGAUAAGUCCAUAGAGGAGCAGCUCUCGAUGGGGAUCCGGUUCUUUGAUCUUCGUGUUGCUCACAAACCCAAAGACCCGACCAGCGACUUGUACUUCACUCACAUCAUCUUCACUCACCUGAUGGUUCUGGAGACCCUGCAGGCCGUGGCCCUGUGGCUGGAGGCUCACCCCAAGGAGGUCGUCAUCCUGGCCUGCAGCCACUUUGAGGGCCUGGACCUCAGGCUGCACCGCUCCUUCAUCCGGUCCCUGAAGAGGCUGUUCGGGGCCCGGCUCUGCCCCCAGCAGGGAGCCCUGACGCUGCGCCGCCUGUGGGCCUCCGGCCACCAGGUGGUGCUGUCCUACGACUCCCAGGCGGCAGAGGGCCACGAGGAGCUGUGGCCCCCCAUCCCGUACUGGUGGGCCAACCAGCCCACGGCCAGCGGGGUCACCGGCUACCUGGACUGGAACAAGCAGCUGGGCCGGCCAGAGGGCUUCUUCGUGGCCGGCCUCAACCUCACCACCGACCGGCUCUACGUCGCCCGGCACCCGAAGGAGACGCUGCGUUCGCUGACCUUCAGGAAUUGGGAGGCUCUGAGGACGUGGCUGGAGGAGCAGGAGCCGGGGGCCAAGCCCGAGGGCCUGAACAUCAUCGCGGGGGACUUCGUGGGGCCACUUCCUCUCUGCCCGCUGGUCAUCGCCCUGAACCACAAACUGCUGCGCAGGAAACACUAACUACAAAGAGGCAAAACUACAAAGAGGCGAAACUACAAAGAGAUCAAAACUACCAACGAGAGAUGCAAACAAAAGAUGCAUUACCACAAAGAGACACACAACUACCACAAAGAGACACACAACUACCACAGAGACACACACUACCACAAAGAGACACACAACUACCACAAAGAGACACACACUACCACAAAGAGACACACAACUACCACAGAGACACACACUACCACAAAGAGACACACAACUACCACAAAGACACACAACUACCACAAAGAGACACACACUACCACAAAGAGA